AUUUCUCUUAACAGGGAUAUUGCAGCACAUCUUGCCAAGAAACCUCUUGACAAAGUAUUGAGAUCAUUCCGGGGCUUAUAUAGUUUAUGUUUCAACAAUUCAUGCGAUGGAGUAUUCGACAAUCCCAAAAGUCUAAAAGAAUGUCGGGAUCCUCUUGAAGACCUCAUUCUUAAGUUCAUUGCUUACAUUCAAAGGAGUUUCGAUACACCUACUCAGGUUAAAAAACUUCUCUCACGGUUGAGAACUAUAGAAAGCUGGAUGUACUCCUCGACUUUUGACUUGGUCCCUUUUGAGCCAGUAGCAACUUUAAUUCUGAACCAAGCGACUGACCUUGAAAUUUGGAACUCACUCAUACUGCUUGUUGAUGAACUCGAAAAGAUCAUGUCAGCUACAGAAGAUCAGCUCGAAGAACUAGCUACCGAAUCCAUUUACCGACGAGUAUUAGAAUCAUCUGACGGGGCACAAAUGAACAUGGAGGAUCUGAAGCAAGCUUUGAGCGGAGAGUUGGAAGGCUCGGACCUAAUCAAAGCCUAUCGAAGCCCAAGUGAUUCGGCAACAAAUGAUGCUGCAAAUACUGCAGAAGAACGGGUUGGAUUAGCUUUCACUGGGGCUCAAUUUCACACUCUCGCAGCCGGAAAAAUCAUUGGAAACCAGACAAAGCGACAGGUAGAUUACUUCAUCAAAAGUCGAAACCUUCCGACUGAGGACAGGCAUCAUUGGCGGGAUAUUCUUGUGGUGGGUGAACUUACGGUAUCUUCAUCUAAGGUUUCUCGGCAAAAGUUUCUUCAGCUCAGUGUAUACAUGCGGGAAGUGUUCAUGGCUCAGCCACUUCGUCGAUUCGUGCACGGGUUCAUCCUCUUCGAGAAAGACCUGCAACUUUGGGUAUACGACCGAUCGGGACCGUAUUCUUGUUCAUAUAUUGAUAUUGGCAAAUCACCAGAGAAGCUCGUGCAUGUCUUGCCCAACGUCAAAUACGAAGGUGAAGAUAUGAUAGUUCAUCUCGAGGUGCCCGGGUCGAAGGAUAUACGGAAGUUCACCUUGGAUCCCAACCCAAUCUCUCAACAGAAGGCAUACCUUUGUAGGGGAACAAGUUGCUAUAAAGACAGAACCCUCAGCUGCGUGGUCAAAUUCUCGUGGAGAAUAUGCGAUGGGCUUUCAGAGAUUGAGCUUCUUGAGAUGGCGGACAAUAUACCUGGGAUGGCAAAGAUUCUUGGAUCAGCUAAUCUGGUAAAAAUCAGCCAGCUUCGCGAAGGUCUUCUGUUCACCAAGAGCAUGGUCAAAGACACUCGUCCGACGGAGAAGAUCAUGACUACGCCAUACGACUUAAGUGGAGAGAUGACACGGAUUCCGAAGGAAAGCGUGAAUAACCAACUGAGCCGAAAGCGAAAGAGGGAGGCACUUCAAGCUGAAAAAGAGAUGGCUGGAUCAAUUAAAAAAGCGCGAUCAAUGCAAGAAAGUAGGCAAAAUCAUUACGUGGAAAUGGAAGUUCUUACUAAUUACAACACAGAUACAACCGUGACCCAACAAGUUACGGAGUUGAAUCCACCUGUUUCCUCAUUGCAGGCGCUCAAAAUUCCAAACUCUGGCAGGGCAAUGAUCGUGGAAGGCUCUGCUUAUUCAGUCAAUCAAUCUUCCGGUAAAAGGAAAACUGCCGAUGAUGCCGAAGUAAACGACAGAUUGAAGAGAGUUCAACUGUCAAGUAACGCCGGCUUAAUUGCGAUGAAUAAUUCUGCGGGACCAAGCUCACUCCCUGAAAAGGCUCCAAAUCCACCAAAGUCAAGUGCCAAUGCUAGAUCAUGUAGUACGAAAGCGGUAAAAAUGGUAAACACUGAAGUCAUUAUUCCACGUGACCGUCAAUUUACCGCUGCCGGGAUCUCGCCUUACGGGCGGCCGAUUGAUAAGUUUAGAUCGGCGCUAGAACUGAUCAUCGGGAUUAGCGAUGCCAUCAAGGCGCAUCGGUCAUUACUGAUGGACGCUAAGAUAUUACAUCGCGACAUCUCGGUGAAUAAUAUUCUAUUGACUGGCAUUGAGACGAGUGACAAGCUGGGUGGUGUCUUGAUAGAUCUGGACUUGGCAACAUUGUUGAAAGAUGGAAAAGUUCAAGAAAAGGAUCGAGUGGUGACAGGCACGAUGCAAUUUAUUGCACUGGACAUUUUGAGUAACAGCUUUGCGACGACGGGUGCAGUGGUCAACCACACUUACCGACAUGAUCUCGAGUCGUUCUUGUAUGUCUUAAUCUGGGUCUGCAUUAACUGUGGAUGGAAUAAAGGCACAAACCCGCAUGAAGUUUUCCUAUCAAAAUGGUACACAGGGACCGCCCAAGAAAUACACUUACAUAAGGAAUACUACAUGACUCUAGGUAGCUUCGAAAAAGUAUUGUUUAAAUUUUCGCCGAUGUUUGAUGAUGUCAAGGUUCUAGCUGAGGAAUUCAGGGACUUAAUAUUUAAUUCAAAUAUAAAGACGCGAACAGGAAAUCUUGAGGACCCCAACAAACUAUACGAACCUAUCAUUGCGGCGUUUGAUAGAGCUAUCGAGGCAUUGAAAAUGUAA